UACUUUAGCUUGCAGGGCCAGAAGAAAUCGUUGUUCGCUUUCCGAAGUUCGAACAGAAGAAGUUCAGAGAAAGGUAGAGUUCAGGGCAGGUAUGAAGGUGUUCGAAGUUGAUGGCAGCGCGCUCUCUCUGGCGCUCUUCACAGAUGUCAUGAACUCCAAUGAACUUCUAGACGCCAUGCAAAGUGCAACCCUAGAACCAGAAGUAGCAUUUCUCAAUGCAUCACUUGUACCAGAUGUUUUCCCCGUUUUAGUUGCCGCACAUAAGACACUUUUAGCGAAGUCAAGGGAGACAUUGACAACAAGGACUCUCCACUCUGAGCUUGUCUACAACUACUCUGGAUCAAAGCAUAUUUCAGAAUCAUUGAAAAGAUGCGGCAUCUCUAAGGACUCUACUUAUGUUCUCGUUGCUCGUUUUGAUGCUUCUCUUGACGAGAUGAAAAGCAUAGAGAAACUUAUUAAUGGGAAAGAGAUCGAUUUGGAGGAGUUGGAAGGAAGAGCAAAUCAAGCCCAAAUACAGAAGCACUACAAGAUAUCAGGUCUGGAAUUAGGGAUAUCCUCACUCGCCAAUGCCAUCACAUGCCGGAUUGCUGCUCGAGAUGCCUUGUGAUGAGAAAAUAC